AUAAAGUAGCUCAUUGCUAUGGGCCAAACUCUGAUAGACUUCAGGUAUUUUCCCUCGACUUUUUUGAAUCAAUACAUUACCCAUCGUUUCUCCCAUUUUGAGUUUUUUCUUCUUCAAUAAAUAAAUAAAUAAAUUUAAAAUAAAAACCCUGUAUCCCCAUUAAUAAAACCGGACCCCAAAUUCUCCAUUGACAAAACCAGACUCCUAGGGUUUUUUGAGGAUCAUGUACGUCUCCUUCAACGAUCACCAUGAAAUCAAAGCUCCGAAAGGAAGCUAAAACCCAAUCUUCGACGACGACGACGACGACGACGACGACUGCAACCCCAUCGGAGCUCUCGUUCGCCAUAGCCAGAAUCGCAGUCUCCCAGAUCUGUCAGUCAGUGGGAUUCAAAGCCACCCAGCUCUCCGCCCUCGAGACCCUGACCCUCGUGGCCACCAAGUACCUCCAGGCCAUAGCCGGGUCCGCCGCCUCCUUCACCAACUCCUCCAACCGCACCCAAUCCAACCUCCUCGACCUCACCAACGCCCUCCACGACGUCGUUUCACUCCACAGCGGCGGCUUAUCAGGAGGCUCCAUUCUCCACAGACCCACUUCCACUCUCCUUUCCACCUCAGGGGUCCUAAAGGACCUCGCCAAUUUUGUCUACUUCCACGACGAAAUCCCAUUCGCCAAGCCGAUUCCCCGGCCGGACCGUACUAGUUCCUCCGGGAACUCGAGUCCCGGGACUAAAAAAUUAGAUUGUUCCAGGGGCUCGAAUGUGCCAAAAUGGCUGCCCGGAUUUCCGAACGGAAACAAUGGGGUUGAUGAGAUUUACCCAGGGAAGGGAAAGAGAAAGAACGGGGAGAGCUUGUGGGAGGAAUCGGUUCUAGUGGGGAGUGAUUUGGGGUGGAAGAAUUGGAAUGAAAAUGGUCGAAAAAGGGUAGUAGGGGAGGGGAAAGUGGAAACGGGGAGAGGGAAGGUGAGGUUUAAGAUGGGUUCAAGGAGUGGGGUUUGUAGACUAGAAAACAAUAAGAACAAUGUCAAUGACAAAAGUAAUGGGAUUGAUGAGGAAGAGAAGAUCCUUGUGUACAAGAGAAGAAGAAGAAGGGAUGAUGGUGGGCGCUUAAUCAAUUUGUGAUAAAUUAAAGUCAUAAAGAGAGUAUAGAUCAAGUUGUAUCCUCCAUCUGUAAUGUGAUUUUGAGUUCAAACAUUUUCAAGAAGAUUGAUUAGGGUGGUAUUUGAAUGAAUUAUGAUUUGGAUAAUGCACUCAAGAUUAACAAGGCCAGCAGCAGGAUUCGAACCGGAGCAUUGGCGGACGCCCCCCAAGGGCCAAAACAUUAUCAUUGACAACCAAGAGGGCUAAUUUUCAUUCCUACAAUACAUUUGUCCUCUUAAAUAUUUUGUUUGGCAUGAGUGGAUGAAGUUUGGUCUAGCGACUCCCUUCUGUGUUUGGUUGUCAUGAAAGUUCAUUUUGUGCCCAUGAAAUUUCUUGUUCUAAACAAAUGCCUUGCACACAAAUGGAACAUGUAUUGGAAUGUAUCAUAGUAAUUAACGAGUGAUUUAGAAGCUUGAGAAAAGAGGAGAUAUUUAAUCGGAUUAAGCAUGCCCAAACAAGCAAAUACAUCUUCUUCCACAGCUUUUAGAAUUAGAGAAUAUUGGAACAAGUAACUAAAAAGCCCCCCAUAUCCUGCCAUAAAACUUCUCUACCUAAAAUAACACGUUGCUUUUAAGAAUUCAAGAAAAAAAAAUCGAAAUAAGGGUCUACGGCAAUCUAAACAUGGCUAUAAAAUCCGCUUUGUUAAAGCUCAUAACCAGGCUGUAGCACUACAAGAUUUCGUUAAUCGUCAGCGAAAGUCGUGUUAAAUCUUUCGUUGUCCCGUACUUUGAAUAAGGCAACCACCAAAGGCAAAGGUCAUAGUUUAGUUUCAAGCCAAUCAAAACGACUUGCAUUUAAGAGCAAUGUCGGGACAUCUUGAAGACUUCGUGCCAAGUAUCUGUAUUCUGUAAGUUGCUAAAAUCAAACUACAUGAAAAAUCAUGAUAUAUAUAUAUAUAUAUAUAUAGGAUAUUUGUGCUGUAUAUGAUCGCGAGUUUAGAUAAACAGGAUAAAAAGCCUCUUGCAGAAAACUGCUCAUUAUCAGCAGUUGAACCCAUGGCAAA